CCAAACGGAUAAAAAAAAAAGCCCCCCCACGCACAACGAGCCCAGCCCUGAUUGCUUGAAGUCGAUGGCACGCUGCGCACAGACGCUAAUACCACGAUUAGAUUGUAAUCACCAGGCAAAAAUAGCCAGAUUGGUCCGGGACGCGUCAUUUCCCACAAACGCACACACAAGGCUUCGUCGACGUCGUCCAGGCGGCAUUGGCGCUACGGGCCUUCCUUUGUCUCUCUAUCGCAUACAUUUCACCACAUUUCAUUUUUCGCUUAUUCUAGAAUGGUUAAAGUCAAGGUCAGCUGGCAAGGCAAAAAGUACGACGUCGACGUCGACACGACACAGCCCGGGGAGAUCUUCAAGAUGCAGCUGUUUUCGCUGACAGGGGUGUCGCCCGAGCGGCAGAAGAUCCUGGUCAAGGGCGGACAGCUCAAGGACGACACGGACAUGUCGCACCUGGGGCUCAAGGAUGGGCAGAUCCUGCGUAUGAUGGGCACGGUGGGUGAGCUGCCGAAGGCGCCGGAGCAGGCAGUGAAGUUCAUGGAGGACAUGGGCGAGAACGAGGUGGCGCAGGCGCUGGCAAUUCCGGCCGGGCUGACAAACAUGGGCAAUACGUGCUACAUGAAUGCAACACUGCAGUGCAUGAAGGCGGUGCCGGAGCUGCAGAAGGCGCUGGCGGCGUACCCGGGCGGGCUUGGCCAGGCGAAUGCGCAAGGCAAUAUGACGGCAGCGCUGAGUAAGCUGUUCAAGCUGCUGUCGGAGUCGGGCGAGGGCGUGGCGCCGAUCGUGUUUCUGCAGUUCCUGCGCCAGGUGUUCCCCAAGUUCGCGGAGCGCGAUCCGCAGUUCGGCGGAUAUAGGCAGCAGGACGCGGAGGAGUGCUAUAAUGAGAUUCUGACGGCGCUGGGGCGCGAGCUCAAGGACAGCAAUGGUAAUGUGGUGGACCAGUUCAUGGGCGGCAUGAUGGAGACCACGUGGCGGACGGAGGAGGCGCCCGAGGAGGCGGCCACGGUGAAGCAGGAGUCGUUCCGCAAGCUGGACUGCCACAUCGACAAGUCGGUUAGCUACGUCCACCAGGGCAUCAAGCAAGGGCUGGAGCAGACGAUCGAGAAGCACUCAGAGGCGCUGGGCCGCAAUGCGCACUACACGGCCACGUCGCGCAUUGCGCGUCUGCCCGAAUACCUGACGGUCGCAUUCAACCGGUUCUUCUGGAAGGCGUCCGAGUCGGUCGACGCCAAGAUCGUCAAGGCGGUCAAGUUCCCGCUCGAUCUCGACGUCAGCGAGUUCUGCACGCCCGAGCUGCAGGACCGCAUGCGGCCGGUCAAGCAGCGGCUGCGCGAAAUCGAAGAUAGGAAGGCGCAGGAGCGCAAGCUCGCUAAGCGCAAUAACCAGGGCGAAGGCGCGAUGGAUACGCUGCCGGAGCUGCCGCCGUUUGAGCUCGACGCGCAGUUCAAGGGCGACCAGGGGUGCAACCCGAGCGGCAUGUAUGAGCUGGUGGGCGUGAUCACGCAUAUUGGACGCACAGCCAACUCGGGCCACUACAUGGCGUGGGUGCGCAAGGAAAAGGACCAGGGCGGACCAGAUCCCUCGGGUGCCAAUCUGCCAGAGACGUCGCACUGGUGGUACAAGUUCGAUGACGACGUCGUGUCGAUGGUCACGGAUGACGACGUUCUGAAGCUGUGCGGUGGCGGCGACUGGCAUACGGCGUAUGUGACGCUGUACCGUGCCAAGCGGCUGGAGUAGAAGAUAGGAUAUUCUUUUGCUGGCAUCAACAGCAAUCCAGCCACUAUUUGCUUUUGUGUUGUUGGAGCCAACAACAUUCUGGACCUGAGUCGUUAUUUUUGUAACACCAUGCA